AGGGAUCCUGAUGGGCGGGGCGUCUGGCCAUCUCCCUGUUUCCCAAGCUGCUGCGCUUGAACUUCCUCCUGGAGCCAGCACUUCCCUGCACUCAGCACAACUUUCCAGGCAGAGGACACCAGGAGGGCGACUGAGCAUCGUCAGCUACUCCAUGCACCCCUGGCAGGCCCCCCAAAAUGAGGCUCCCCGCGAAGAUUCUGUGGCUCAUGUUAUGGUCUGUGUGUGUAGCACAAGAUUGUCAAGGGCCUCCUCCGAGAAAACAGACAGAAAUUCUGACAGGUUCCUGGUCUGAACAGGGCUACUCGGAAGGCACAAAGGCCACCUACAAAUGCCGCCCUGGGUACAGGACAUAUGGCACGAUCACCAUGGAAUGUAAAAGAGGGGAAUGGGUGUCCCUCAACCCAUCCAAGAUAUGUCAAAAAAAGCCCUGUGGUCACCCAGGAGACACGCCCUUCGGUUCAUUCGAACUUGCAGAAGGAAAUAAAUUUGAAUACGGUGCCAGGGUAGUUUACACAUGUAAUGAGGGGUAUAAAAUGAUAGGCGACACUGAUUUCAGAGUCUGCGAUGCAGAUGGAUGGACCAAUGAUAUUCCUCUAUGUGACGUGGUGAAGUGUCUGCCCGUGGAGGAGCCGCAGAACGGGAAGCUCAUCAGCAGCGCCUACGAACUGAACCAGGAAUACACUUACGGCCAAGUGGUCAGGUUUGAGUGCAAGGCGGGCUUCAAGCUGGACGGGCCGGCGGAAAUACAUUGCUCAGGAAGCGGCCUGUGGAGUGGCGAUAAGCCCAACUGUGUGGCCAUCUCCUGCAGCCUCCCGCAGAUCCCAAAUGGCGAGCCCACGUCUCCUAAGGCCUCGUAUCGAGACAGCGAGAGGCUUCAGUACCAGUGCCUCCCGGGUUACAGUUACAGCGGAAGAGCAGAGACCGUGUGCACCCAGUCGGGGUGGACCCCGCCUCCGUCCUGCCAAGAGAUGACAUGUGAUGCUCCAAGAAUUGCAAACAGUCACUUCGUUGCUGACAGGAGCACAUACAGAGUGGGAGACACAAUCAGAUACUCCUGCAAAAGUGGCUUUUCCCCUUCCUCCCGGGGAAAUACUGCAAAAUGUACUGACAUAGGCUGGGAUCCUCCUCCAAGAUGUAGCUAUAAGCCCUGUGAGUUUCCAGAAAUAAAACAUGGAAGCCUACAUUGGGGAGACUGGUAUAGAUCACACUUCCCAGUAUCGGCAGGACAAUGGUAUCACUAUUCCUGUGAUGACAACUAUGUGACUCCUUCACAAAGCAAGUGGGAUCGCUUGACUUGCACACGAGAUGGCUGGUUCCCGGAAGUGCCCUGCCGCAGAAAAUGCAUUUUCAAUUAUUUGGAAAAUGGACAUCGUCCACGAUAUGAGCAAAGCUAUUUGCAGGGCACAUCUGUACGUGUUAAUUGCUAUCCUGGCUACACGCUUCAAAACAAGCAGACCACAAUGACCUGUACGGAGAAUGGCUGGCUCCCUCCUCCCAGAUGCAUCCGUGUCGAAACAUGUUUAAAGUCAAAGAUAAAAAUUGAGAAUGGAUUUAUUGCUGAGGCUGAAUCUACAUAUCUCUUAAAUCAAAAAGUAAAAUAUAAGUGCAAACAAGGUUAUGUAACAGAAGAUGGUCACACAUCCGGGUAUAUUACGUGUCUCCAGAAUGGAUGGUCAGCUCAACCCAGAUGCAUUAGAUCUUGUGGUGUGCCAGUAUUUGAGAAUGCCAGAGCCAGAAGUGAUGGCACGUGGUUUAAGGUCAAUGACCGGUUGGCCUAUGAAUGCCAGGAUGGAUAUAAAAACCGAGAUGGACACACCGUAGGCUCCAUAGUGUGUGGUGACAAUGGUUGGUCUGAUACACCCGCCUGUCAGGAAAGAGAAUGCAUCGUUCCCGAUAUAGAGCAGAACUUAAUUGUUCAGCCCCGGAAAGAGAAAUAUGUCAUUGGAGACGUGUUGAAAUUCUCCUGCAGAAAUAGACUCCUCACUCUCAUUGGAGCAGACUCUCUUCAGUGCUACCACUUUGGGUGGUCCCGUAGCCCUCCAACAUGUAAAGAGGAAGUACAGUCCUGUGAUCAACCUCCUCGACUCCCCAACGGGACAGUGGCAGACACACCUAAAGGGGAAUAUGAACACGGUGAGGUGGUGGAGUAUGUGUGCAACCCCAGGUUCCUGAUGAAGGGUGCGAGGAAAAUUCAGUGCGUUGAUGGAGAGUGGACACCCUUGCCCGUGUGUGUUGAGGAGGACAGUACAUGUGGAGACGUACCUGAGCUGGACCACAGCGAGGUCGUGUCCCCAGCACGGCCCCCCUAUCACCAUGGAGAGUCAGUAGCGUUCACUUGCGGAGAAGACUUUACAAUGAUUGGUCAGAGCUCAGUUACAUGUAUUAGGGGAACGUGGACCCAACCCCCUCAGUGCAUUGCAACAGUUGAACUCAACACGUGUAAAUUAUCAAAGACAAUUGACUCUGAGGCAAACUUGCCAGAUGGGAAUGACUUUGAGCACAAUAAGAAAAUCAAUUACACUUGUGGGAGGAAGUCAGAGCAGAAACACUCAGUCUGCGUGAACGGAAAGUGGGAGCCCGAGGUGAACUGCACAGAAGCACCACGAUGUCCACCUCCACCUCAGAUUCCCAAUUCUCAACAUAUGGCCCUUUCAGUGACUUUUCAAGAAGGAGAAAAAAUAUCUAUUCUCUGUCAAGAAAACUUUCUAAUCCAGGAAGGAGAGGAAAUUGUGUGCCAGGAUGGACAAUGGCAGUCAAUACCGCACUGUGUCGAAAAAACUCCAUGUUCUCAACCGCCUCAUGUAGAACAUGGAAGCAUUAUUUCAUCCAGAUCUUCAGAAGACGAAAGAGAAACAUUGGAACCCAGGCUAUAUGCGCACGGCACCACAUUAAGUUAUAUUUGUAAGGAUGGUUUCAAAUUAUCCAAAGAAGAUGGGAUAACAUGCCACCGGGGAAAAUGGAGUGCUUCACCACAGUGUGUAGGCCUUCCUUGCGGACCACCCCCUGAGGUCUCCAAUGCUGAUCUGCCUAACAGGUUAAACAGUUACCCACAUGGGCAAAAAUAUACAUACACCUGUAACAGAGGAUUUCGGAUCCGUGGACCUGCGUCUGUAGAAUGUUCAGGAGGAAAUUGGUCCCAUCCCCCAGAAUGCACAAAAAUGACUUGUCCUAGACCACCCAGCUAUGACAAUGCCAUCCUCGUGGGCCAGCUGAAGAACUCAUACAAGCCAGGAGACCAUGUGACUUAUAGAUGUCAAGAACAUUACCAAAUGGAUGGACCCAAUGUUGUAGAGUGUAGGGACGGCAUUUGGAUAGGAACACCCACAUGCAAAGAUCUCUCCUGUGGCAGCCCUCCCACAGUGCAAAAUGCCUUUAUACCAAACCAGAAGACUAGGUAUCGACAUGAGGAGACAGCACAUUAUCAGUGCAGGCACCCUUUUGGCCUCUUCGGGAAUGCAGUGGUGACAUGCUUCAGUGGGAAUUGGACAGACCCACCUGAGUGCAAGGAGUCCACAGGAAAAUGUGGGCGCCCUCCUGCUAUUGACAAUGGAGACAUUACCACGACUUCAUUAGCAGUCUACGCUCCCGGGUCUUCAGUGGAGUAUCAAUGCCAGGCCUUCUAUGAACUUGAGGGAAACAGGAGAAUAACGUGCCGUGAUGGACAGUGGUCUGAGCCACCCAAAUGCUUAGGUCUCCCCUGUGGCAGCCCUCCCUCAGUGAAAAAUGCCUUUAUACCAAACCAGAAGCCUAGGUAUCGACAUGGAGACACAGCACGUUAUGAAUGCAGGCACCCUUUGGGCCUCGUUGGGAAUGCAGAAGUGACAUGCUUAAGAGGGAAGUGGACAGACCCACCUGAGUGCAAGGCAAUGACUUGCCCUAGCCCACCCAGCUAUGGCAAUGCCAUCCUCGUAGGCCGGAAGAAGAAGAACUCAUACAAGUCAGGAGAACAAGUGACUUAUCGAUGUCCAAAAUAUUACCAAAUGGAUGGAUCCAGUGUUGUACAAUGUAUGAAUGGCAGGUGGAUAGGAACACCCACAUGCAAAGAUGUCUCCUGUGGCAGCCCUCCCCCAGUGCAAAAUGCCUUUAUACCAAACAAGAAGCCUAGGUAUCAACAUGAGGAGACAGCACAUUAUCAGUGCAGGCACCCUUUGGGCCUCCUUGGGAAAGCAGUGGUGAUAUGCUUCAGUGGGAAGUGGACAGACCCACCUGAGUGCAAGGAGCCCACAGGACAAUGUGGGCCCCCUCCUGCUAUUGACAAUGGAGACAUUACCACGUAUCCAUUAGCAGUCUACGCUCUCUGGUCUUCAGUGGAGUAUCAAUGCCAGGCCUCCUAUCAACUUAAGGGAAACAGGAGAAUAAUGUGCCGUGAUGGACAGUGGUCUGAGCCACCCAAAUGCUUAGAAAGGACUUGUCCUAGCCCACCCAGCAAUAACAACGCCAUCCUCGUGGGCCAGCCGAAGAACUCAUACAAGUCAGGAGAACACGUGGCUUAUACAUGUCCAGACUAUUACCAAAUGUAUGGAUCCAAAGUGGUAGAGUGUAGGGACGGCAUUUGGAUAGGAUCACCCACAUGCAAAGAUCUCUCCUGUGGCAGCCCUCCCACAGUGAAAAAUGCUUUUAUACCAAACCAGAAGACUAGAUAUCAACAUGGGGACACAGCACGUUAUGAAUGCAGGCACCCUUUGGGCCUCUUCGGGAAAGCAGUGGUGACAUGCUUCAGUGGGAAGUGGACAGACCCACCUGAGUGCAAGGAGUCCACAGGACAAUGUGGGCGCCCUCCUGCUAUUGACAAUGGAGACAUUACCACAUAUACAUCACCAUUCUACGCUUCGGGGUCUUCAGUGGAGUAUCAAUGCCAGGCCUACUAUGAACUUGAGGGAAACAGGAGAAUAACGUGCCGUGAUGGACAGUGGUCUGAGCCACCCAAAUGCUUAGCAAUGACUUGUCCUAGCCCACCCAGCUAUGACAACGCCAUCCUCGUGGGCCAGCCGAAGAACUCAUACAAGUCAGGAGAACAAGUGGCUUACACAUGUCCAGACUAUUACCAAAUGUAUGGAUCCAAUGUUGUAGAGUGUAGGGAUGGCAUUUGGAUAGGAUCACCCACAUGCAAAGAUCUCUCCUGUGGCAGCCCUCCCAGAGUGCAAAAUGCCUUUAUACCAAACCAGAAGCCUAGGUAUCGACAUGGAGACACAGCACGUUAUGAAUGCAGGCAGCAUUUGGGCCUCUUCGGGAAAGCAGUGGUGACAUGCUUCAGUGGGAAGUGGUCAGACCCACCUGCGUGCAAGGAGUCCACAGGAAAAUGUAAGCCCCCUCCUGCUAUUAACAAUGGAGACAUUACCACAUAUAUAUCACCAUUCUACGCUUCGGGGUCUUCAGUGGAGUAUCAAUGCCAGGCCUACUAUCAACUUGAGGGAAACAGGAGAAUAACGUGCCGUGAUGGACAGUGGUCUGAGCCACCCAAAUGCUUAGCAAUGAUUUGUCCUAGCCCACCCAGCUAUGACAACGCCAUCCUCAUGGGCCAGCCGAAGAACUCAUACAAGUCAGGAGAACAAGUGGCUUACACAUGUCCAGACUAUUACCAAAUGUAUGGAUCCAAUGUUGUAGAGUGUAGGGACGGCAUUUGGAUAGGAUCACCCACAUGCAAAGAUCUCUCCUGUGGCAGCCCUCCCACAGUGCAAAAUGCAUUCAUACAAAAAAAGAAGCCUAGAUAUCAACAUGGGGACACAGCACGUUAUGAAUGCAGGCACCCUUUGGGCCUCUUCGGGAAUCCAGUGGUGACAUGCUUCAGUGGGAAGUGGACAGACCCACCUGAGUGCAAGGAGUCCACAGGACAAUGUGGGCGCCCUCCUGCUAUUGACAAUGGAGACAUUACCACAUAUAUAUCACCAUUCUAUGCUCCUGGGUCUUCAGUGGAGUAUCAAUGCCAGGCCUACUAUCAACUUGAGGGAAACAGGAGAAUAACGUGCCGUGAUGGACAGUGGUCUGAGCCACCCAAAUGCUUAGAUGCCUGUGUAAUAUCAGAAGAAAUCAUGGAAGCACAUAACAUAGAGUUGAGAUAUUCAUAUGCGAAAAAGGUUUAUUCUAGAUCAAAUGAUUUUGUUGAAUUUACGUGUCGUCAAGGUUACUAUACUAAAGUGUCACCAGCAUCUGCAUUCCGAGUACAAUGUCAAGAAGGAAAAAUGGAGUAUCCAACUUGUGCAUAAAAUGAGAGCUGUGUGGCAGUUUUCAUAUUAAAAUAUGUGCCUCAUUCAGUAUGUUUUAAUAUUAAU